UUGAGCAACAAAAUAAUUGCGGCGUACAAGAAGACAUCUGUCAGGCCGUUGACGUAUCAAAAGUCUCACGAGGACCGAGUAAACACUCCUGAUUGUAUUUAUUCAUGAUACAAAGUGUCAGGUCAAACGAGUGUGUGAAACGGUCAUGGAUAUUGUAUUGUACCUGAUAGCUGCCGCUCUCCUCGCUGUGCUGCUGCUGUUUGCGGUGAAGUUGCGGAAGAGGACGGAGGAAGCUGACAGAGAGCAUGAGCGAGCUGUUGUCCAAGCGGCGAGCGUCCGUCCACGGGCCGCUGCUGAGGAGCGAGGAGCUGGCAUGCCGCGGAGGAGGAGAAACCUUGCAGGAGCUAUGGCAAACAGACGACCACAGAGGGAAGCAGUGGCGCUUGAACAAGAGCAGCAGCAGCAGCAGCAGCAGCAGGAGGAGGAGGAGGAAGAUGAUGGAGCAGAAGAGCAGACUUUUCAGCCAUCUGUGAAAAUUGGAGCCAAGAAGCAACGGAAGCUGGAAGAGAAACAGGCUAAGAAAGCCCAGCGAGAGGCUGAGCUCGAGGAGCGUGAAGAAAGGAAGAGGAUGCAGGAGCUCAGAGACCAGGAGAGACGAGAGGAGGAAGAGAAAGAACGGCUUCUAGAAAAGAAACAGGAAGAGGACGAGCGGCGAGCCAAAGAGGAGCAGGAGAAACGGGAGGAGGAGGAGUACCUCAAGCUUAAAGCCUCCUUUGUGAUAGAAGACCAGGGUGAGGAGGAGCAACUCAAUGAAGACCAGUCACGUAAUCUUCUCCAAGAAUUCAUCGAUUACAUACAGAGCUCUAAAGUUGUUCUGCUGGAGGACUUGGCCUCACAUUUUGGAAUGAGAACAAAAGAUGCUAUUGCUAGACUGCAGGAACUGCUAGCAGAAGGCUCCCUCACAGGGGUCAUUGAUGACAGGGGGAAAUUUAUCUCCAUCACUCCGGCAGAAUUGGACGCGGUGGCACAGUUCAUCAAGCAAAGAGGGCGAAUUUCUAUCACGGAGUUGGCCCAAGCCAGUAACACUUUGAUCAAUUUGAAACCAGAGAACCGCAACACUGCUUGAUGGACAGGACGUAACUCAGACAACAUCUAGCAUCAUGUUUCAAAAGACUUGGUAUUUAUACAAAAUUCUCCACUUUCUAACGCCCAUGCGGUGCGCCUUUCAGCCCAAACCAAACCUUCUGCAGGUUAUGCAAACAAAGCCUCUAAUAAAAGUGAGUCCCCACCACUGCUGAGAGAUCGCCACAUGCCCAUAUGCCACAGGACGCUGUCCAAUUUCACUUAAAUAAUUAUGUUCAUCUGACAACAAUUACACAAGAAAUGAAAUCCAUUAAAAACAAUUUCAUUUUAUUAUUUUUUUUUAAAUCAGAAA